AUGCAACUGGUUCAAAGUCAGCGGCCAGAGUUUCAAAAACAGCUAGUCAGAAAGUCUCCAGAAACAAAUCCGGGAGCAGAGGUUAUCAAAGAAAAUCAGAAGUGCAAGCUGAUGGAUAUUGGUGGAAGGAAGCUGGUUGUUGCUGAAGGUCGUGUGCAUUCGAUCAACCCAGAUCAAAUGGUACACUUUGUUAGAUUGGGGUCUGAUGCAGCAAGAGUUUGGGUGGACAUAGUCAAUGUCGAUGAUGCAGCGGUUUGGAAGCCAUCAGAUGAAAUAGAAACUCUGAAAGAUGCGCACGGUUCAUCAAUCGCAUGGCCGAUGGAUAAAUUGGUCAUCUUUUGA